AUGUUGGAAAGUGCUGACAAGAUUAAAACGGUGUUCAUUUAUAAUUAUGUGCAUGUGAUGCGUGCACAUCGUCCCCAUAUGGUGCAGAAAGAUGACCAGUAUGUCUUUUUGCAUCAAGCUGUGAUGGAGGCCUUGACCUGUGGAAAUACAGAGGUUGCUCCCCAGGACUUACGAAUAAUGGUUAACAAACUUUCUAGAGAUACUAAAUCUUGUAAAAACGCUGGGUUUGGAGAGGAGUUUAAGCGUCUCCAGUUUGUCAGUGACUGUCUCUCUUCUGGAGAAGAAACCACAGCAGCAUUUCAACCUUCAAACAUCGACAAGAACAGGUUUCGAAAUAUUCCUCCGUGUAAGUGGUCUCCUUUAGCCAUCUUCCGGUUUUUCUUUUUUUGUGUGCUAGUGAAUACUGCUAGAGUCCACUUGAUGUCUUCUCAACCAGACGGAGACUACAUCAAUGCUUCGUUUGUAAAUGACUACAAGGAACGUGAUGCUUACAUCUUGACUCAAGCUCCACUAGACAACACUAUAGGAGAUUUCUGGCGGAUGGUAUCACAGUACAAUAUUGGUACAGUUGUGAUGUUAAAUAACUUGAAAGAAGGAAAACAGAAUUACCCACAAUAUUGGCCGAGUCAAGGAUCUGCUAGGCAUGACGACAUCACUGUACAGCUUUUGUCGGAAAACACCUCAAACAACAUGACCACGCGACGAUUUAGCGUGAUAAAUACCAAGCCUUCCAAGAGGACAACAACUGUACAACACAUACACUUUACAGAAUGGGUCAACGAAGACUCGUGCCCAGAUCCUCAGAAGAUACUCGAUCUCAUGACAGCUGUACAGCAGUCUCAGCAACAAUCAGGAAAUGGCACCAUAGUUUUUCAGUGCAGUGAUGGUGUGGGUCGUAGCGGCUGUGUAGCUUCCAUAAUGUCAGUGAUCGAACGAGUCAAAAUUGAACAAACAGUUGAUGUGUUUCAGACCAUUAAACUCAUUCGAGCCAAAAGGCCUGGUGCUGUGGACUCUCUGGAUCGCUAUGUUUUCUGUUACAAGACAGUUUUAGCCUACCUGGAUUCUUUUAACGCCUACUCAAACUUUUCGGAUUGUUGAAGCGUCAACAUGAAAUAGUUAUACUGUGGUAAACUGCUGCCCAGUACUAAUAAUAUACACAAGUUAAAUAACCCUUAUCAGUUGCAAGCCUCUAAGCGCUUUACAAUAUGAAAGAGAAAAAUAUCUAACCUGCUCUUCAGUAUUACUUAUUUUAUAGAUCUCUACAGUUAAAACUUAAAAACAACUCUAGGAAAUUUCCAAAAACAUUUUUGAGAAAUGCUUAAGUUAGCAAAGAGCUAUCUUAAUUAGAUGGGUUUUUAGGUUCCGUUUAAAUACAUUCAAAGAUCGAUCUGAAGUAGAAAUGGUCGGCUCCCUUUUGCACAGCGGCAUCGUUGCGACAGUCAGACGGUCGGUAAAGGAAUAAGUUACUUGGUUCGUCAAUCUGUGUGAAUCAGUCAGUUGAGCGGUCAGUAAGUCAGUUAGUCGGUCGAUCAGUGGGUCGGAGAGUCGCUCGUUCAGCGAGGUGGUCAGUCAGCGAGUCCAUCAUUCUGAGCCGGUUGGGCUGUUGUAUGGGUAAGGUACUUAGUUCGUCAGUGUGUGUGAAUCGGUCAGUUGAGCGGUCA